AACCAGAAAUACUGUGGAAAGAUGACUGGAACAACAAUUGAAAUAAGUGGAGACUAUGCCGUGAUAAGAUUUCAUUCAGACUCAAGUGUUCAAGGAGGAUUCUCGCUGCUGUUCUCUACUGUGUUAUCAAGUUGUGGUUCCUUGAAAAACAAUUCACUACAGAGUCCUGGAUAUCCAAACAAGUACCCAAGAAAUAUGAAUUGUGUAUAUCAGAUUGUCAUUCCUCAAGGCAUGGCUACAAGAAUGUAUUUCGAAUAUUUUGAGCUGGAGGAUUCGUGGGAAUGCCGUUUUGAUUAUGUAGAGAUUUUUAACCAGAAGUACUGUGGAGAGAAGACUGGAACAACAAUUGAAAUUAGUGGAGACUACGCCGUGAUAAGAUUUCAUUCAGACUCAAUUGUUCAGGGAGGGGGAUUCUCGCUUCUGUUCACUACUGUGUUACCAAGUCCUCCCAAUAUUUCAAUGCCAGUUCUCGUGGAGGCCUCUCCAGGCGACGAGGUGACGUGCUCAGUGACAGGAACUCAUCCUAUGUACACCACCAUACUCAGCGACUCAAGAGUUCUGGUUAACACAACAAGCAUGGCAACCUUUCGGUUUGUGGAGGAAGGAAACUACACCUGCAUGGCAAGCAGCAAGUAUGGGACUGAUUUAAAAAUGUUCAGUGUGAUUUUCCCAGGUUGUGGUUCCUUGAGAAACAACUCACUACAGAGUCCUGGAUAUCCAAACAAGUACCCAAUUAAUAUGGAUUGUGUAUAUCAGAUUGCUAUUCCUCAAGGCAUGGCUAUGAGAAUGCAUUUCGAAUAUUUUGAGUUGGAGGAUUCGUUUGAAUGCAGUUUUGACUAUGUAGAGAUUUCUAAUUAUAAGUACUGUGGAGAGAUGACUGGAACAACAAUUGAAAUAACUGGAUACUACGCCGUGAUAAGAUUUUAUUCAGACUUCGGUGUUCAGGAGGGAGGAUUCUCGCUUUUGUUCAAUACUGUCUUACCAAGUCCUCCCAAUAUUUCAAUGCCGGUUUUUAUGGAAGCCUUUCCAGGCGCACAGGUGACGUGCUCAGUGACAGGAAGUCAUCCUAUGUACACCACGAUACUCAGUGACUCAAGAGUUCUGGUUAACACAACAAGCAUGGCAACCUUUUGGUUUGAGGAGGAAGGAAACUACACCUGCAUGGCAAGCAGCAAGUAUGGGACUGAUUUAAAAAUGUUCAGUGUGAUUUUCCCAGAUUGCGGAUCCACCUGUUCUUUCAGGGCUUCAUGGUCUGGAAAAAGGAUUGCUAACUGCAUCAAUGUGACGGGCCUAAUUCUUACAGAAUGCCUUCCAGCAACAACUGAAAUACUGGACCUUUCUUUAAACCCGGUUGGCACUCUUCCAGAAGGAGUAUUCGCCAAGCUGACUCGGUUGGAAGACCUGGAUUUAUCUUCAAACGCCCUAAGCUCUCUUCCGGAAGGAGUAUUCGCCAAGCUAACUAGGCUACAGAAGCUGGAUUUAUAUUCAAACGCCCUAAGCUCUCUUCCGGAAGGACUAUUCGCCAAGCUGACUCGGCUGUGGGAGCUGGAUUUAUCUUCAAACGCCCUAAGCUCUCUUCCGGAAAGAAUAUUCGCCAAGCUGAUUGCGCUGUGGGAGCUGGAUUUAUCCUCCAACGCCCUAAGCUCUCUUCCGGAAGAAGUAUUCGCCAAGCUGACCAAGCUGCGGUUUCUGUACUUAUCGUCAAACGCCCUAAGCUCUCUUCCGGAAGUAGUAUUCGCCAAGCUGAUUGGGCUGUGGAGGCUACUCCUUCAUGGAAACAACCUACAACUUAUUCCUUAUCGAGCCUUCUUUGCCAUGGAUGCCUUGAGGAUAAUAACACUAACUGAUAACCCAAUAGAGACAAUUGAGUCGGAGGCAUUCAAGUUUUAUGGACCUAGUAUCACAAAUUUAUUUCUUCUCCGAACGAAUUUGAAAACAUUCCUCUCUGCCUCCCUCGCGAAUUUCAGGGCUACCAAUUUUGAGCUUAAUUUGUGGCAAAGAACUCCUCGGAUUGUAACUUACCACCGUGAAAACAGGAUCGUCCUGAAAGUACAUAUGAAUCCCUUGGACUCAAACCGAGAAGUUAUUAAGUUUUCCGAUAAAGAUGAUAAAGUCCUGGGGGUUGCUUUGCUACGCAUGGGUUACACAAGAACUUCCAGUUACCCUGACUAUGUAUAUCGAACGUGUCCUCUGGGAACGUUCUCAGAAGGAAAUGGGAAGUGCAUGGAAUGUCCUCCAGGCGGUUUCUACGUUGAUUCGCGUGGCUACGUUGCAGAAAGCUGUAAAAAAUGUCCAAACGGAUCUUAUGUCUCAUUCGACAAAAAACCUGGAAAAUCAAUUCUAGACUGCAAGGCGUGCCCAAUAGGAACGGAAAGUGACUUUGUUGCUGGAUAUCGAGCAUGUCCAUGUUUGGAAGGAUUUUACCGAACCCAUCGAUUCGCUAAAUGUCUAAGAUGCAAAGUAGGACUGAUAUGCCAAGAUGACUAUGCCUCAUUGAAAUCUGGAUAUUGGUGGCGGUGGCGUAACGAUUCAUACAAACAUCGCUACCAGGAUUUCAUACAAAAUCUUUUGGCGACUUCUCCAGUACUGGACAAUUCUUCCAUACAAUACCCUUAUUCGAUGCCGACACCUUACAGGUGCCAGGUAGAGAAAUCUUGCAAAGGUGGCUUGGAUUCACCAUGUGCAAAAGGUUACGAAGGUCCAAUUUGUGCCGUUUGUAGCUCAGGAUAUCAUAAGCAACUGGAGUUCUGCGAAAAAUGUCCCUCGAAGGUUUGGAUUGUGGCACAGCUUUCAAUUGUUCUCGUCAUUCUAUCCCUACUAUUCGCAAUUUUGAUGCGGAAGAGAAAAACAAAGUUGGUAAAGGACGAAGGUCACUAUCUGAUAGACAUGUUUUUUUCCAAGCUCAAAAUACUAAUUGGCUUUUAUCAGGUCACGCAUGGCUUACUAGAUGUGUUCUCGUACAUCGAAUGGCCAGAUUCUCUGCAAGCUGUCCCCACGUACUCUGGAAUACUUCAGUUGAAUUUCUUUCAGAUCGCACCUGUCCACUGUCUAUUUUUAGGGUUGCACGUGAAUGCCUUUGGAGAAUUGCUCCUGAUAUUAACUUUGAAUUUGAGUGUCAUUGGCGCCUCUGGUGUAUGUUACCUUAUAUAUAAGACGGUAAUCUUGAAGAGUCAUAACCUUGAAGAAGACGAAAAGUCCAGGAAAAUCAAUCAAACAAAACAGUUGGUUUACAGAAAUCUGUUUUUCUUCUUGUAUGUAACGUAUCUGAGUACAUUUUCCAAAACAGCCAGCGUUCUAUCUUUUGCUUGCCGCAAACUCUGCAGAGAUGAAAAGGAUGAGAUGUGUGAGGAAUACGCUAAAGCAGAUUACAGCAUAAAAUGCCAAGGAUCCUUAUAUAACCAUUGGCUGAUCCUGGCAUACAUUUCGACCGCAUACGUCUUUGCCCUGCCUGCCGCUUCAGUUAUCGUACUUUGGAGGCAACGGAGAAUGUUAUUUUCUUCGACAGACAGUAAUAAAGACACUGGCACAGGGGUCGUUGGAGGUUUGAGAUUCCUCUUUGAAAACUAUAAACCCACUUUCUGGUACUGGGAACUGGUGGAGAUGUCUCGCAAAGCUGUUCUAACAUCUGGUCUUAUUCUUGUGGGAGAAGAGACCAGGUCUUACAUCGGUUUGGCAUGGGUCGUUGCCGGUAUGUAUGGAGUACUUUUCUCUUGGAAUAAACCCAUAAAAGUCGCUUCGGAAAACAGGUUGAUGUCGACGUCCCUUGCUGUUACUAUUUUGAACUUGGGUAUUGGCGCCGUGAGCAGAAUCCCCGCAGAGAAUAUAUCAGAUGAAGUGGAUAAACACAAAGACGAAAUGGCGAUGAAAAUACUCAUACUGGCCGCAAAUACUUUGGUAAUUGGCCUGCUUGUCGGUCAGUACGUGAUGUUUUUGUACGAAUAUUUAAAAGAGUGGCGCAAAAACCCACAAUGCUCCUCUUCAUGCUGUCUGGCUUUGCUCCUUCCUCUGAACGACUUGCAAGGAGAAAUUCGAGGUAUGGUUGGCAAAAACUUGAUGAAAACUCAGCUUGACACAGGUAUGUUGGCGAAACCGUCCAUUGCUGCCACUGCAAAGGACAGUGGAGCUAUGAGCUUUACUCUUUGUGGUGAAGACGUCGAACCCGAAAAGGAAGACAAACGAAAAGAUGAAGUUGUCAAAGACAGCAACAGAAAACGUCAUCGCUGGACACAGACAGAAGUUGUAAUGCCACCUUUUGCUUCAACCGUGGAAUCUGGAUCAAUGAGAGGGCAGCAGCGAAUAAACAGACUUCAGCCUUUAAUGCAUGAGAUGCAUACCUCUGGAGAAAACUGUGAUGCAUCAGAAAUACUGAAGACAUUCAUAAAGAAUGAAGCAGAGGGUAAUGCACCAGAGAAGCAGAAGGAAGGCUUAAAGAUUGUACCUAAGGGCAAUAUACCACCAAAGCAAAAUGAAGGCAUGAAGAUUGAAGCAGAGUGGAAUGCACAAGCAAAGCAGAAGGAAGGCAUGAAGAUUUUAGUAGAGUGCGACGCACCAACAAGGCAGAAGGAACGCGUGGAAAUUGUAUCAGAGUGCAAUGCAUCGGCAAAGCAGAAAGCACUCAUGAAGAGAGAAGUAGAGAGUACUGUAUUGGCAAAUCAAGCGGAAGACAUGAAAAUUGUACCAGAGUGCAAUGCACCAACAAAGCAGAGGAAAGGCGUGAAGAUUAUGGAAGAGGGUAAUAGAGUGGCAAAGCUGAAGGCAUUGAUAAAAAGUGAAGCAGAAGGUAAUGCACCGGCAAAUCAAAAAGAAGACAUGAAGAUUGUAGCAGAGUGCAAGCCACCAGCAAAGCAAAAGGAAGAUAUGGAGAUUGGAGCAGUUUGCAAUGCACCAGCAAAGCAGGAGGAAGGCAUGAAGAAUGAGACAGGGGGCAAUGCACCAGCAAAGCAGAAGGAAGGCAUUAAGAUUGUGGCAGAGGAUAAUGCAUUAGCAAAGCAGAAGGAAGGCAUGAAGAAUGAAGCAGAGGGCAAUACACGGGCAAACCAAAAGGAAAGCAUGAAGAUUGUAGCGAAGGGUAAUACAGUCGCAAGGCAGAAGGCAUUCAUGAAAAAUGAAACAGAGAGCAAUCCACCUGAAAAGCCGAAGACAUAA